GAGCUCGAAGCUAAUUUACGACUGAUUCAAUCUGCCCGCCUUCUUUGACCAAUCCACAUCUCUCUCUUCAACAUUUAUCCACUCAAAAGCCGUGGUGAUCAUAUCAGCCAGCCGGAUUCAGGCAGCCGUCUGGAAAUGGCGGAAGCACUGGUUUCUUCAAUCCUGGGGCUACUAACAACAAUCGCUGCCAAAGAAGCAAAGCAAACGGUGAGGCUGGUGACAGACGUUGAAGAAGAAGUCGAAAGGCUCGGACACAACCUUCAAGCCAUCCACGCUGUCCUUGAGGAUGCGGAGGAAAAGCAAAUUCCAGACGGUAGUAUCAAACUUUGGAUGGUUCGGCUAACAGAAGCAGCUUAUGACAUGGAGGAUGUAUUAGAUAAGUGGAACACUGCACUCCAGAAGUUGCAGAUAACGGGGGAUGGAGAAACUUGUAAUCUCAAGGCGAAGGUAUGUUCCUGCCUUGCCCGCUGUUUACAUAAAGUCCAGGUUGUUAACCGCUAUGACAUUGGUUCCGAAAUAAGGGAAAUCAGUAGAAGACUAGAUGCGAUUGCUGAGGAGAAAAAUAGGUAUCAAUUAGCAGCAAGGCCCGCCACAGAAAAUAUUGGACGGGGAGAAAGUACAUCUUUUGCAGAUGUGUCACAGUUAUUUGGUCGAGAGAAGGUUAAGGAAGACAUUAUAAGCAGUUUGUUGUGUGGAUCUAGUGAAGAAGGGAGUGAUAUUAAAACCAUCUCUGUUGUGGGUAUGAGUGGGGUAGGGAAGACAGCUCUGGCUCAAAUUAUCUAUCAUGAUGGUCGAGUUGAGCAACACUUUGAUAAUAGAAUAUGGGUAUGUGUCACAGAUUUUAUUGACGAGAAAAAUGUUGCCAAAGCAAUCAUUUUGGGUCUUGAAGGCGUCGAGAAUAGUAGAGCAUAUGAUUCAUUUCAACUGCAACAUCUUUUGAAAGGAUUUGCAGAUCUAUCAAAGGAAAAAGGGAGCAGGAUUUUAUUAACCACUAGAAAGGAGACUGUAGCAAAUCUGAUGAGAAAACUGAUGAAGUACUCUCAUGUCUUGCCCUUGGAAAAGCUAUCUGAUGACCGUUGUUGGAUGAUACUCAGUGAAUUAGCAUUGGCUGGAAGGAAUGAGAAAGAGUGUGAGAAUUUGGAGGAUGUUGGGAAGAAAAUUUCAAAGAGGUGCAAAGGCUUGCCACUUGCGGUAAAAACUCUAGGAAGCCUUCUAGGAUCUAAACGUUAUGGACAAGAGCGGGAAAACAUCUUGAACAGUGAAAUAUGGAAACUAGACAUUGCAGAGAAAGAGAUUUUUGCUCCUUUAUUGUUGAGUUAUUAUGAUUUGCCUUCAUCAAUAAGACAGUGUUUCAGGUAUUGUGCUACUUUCCCAGAAGGUCAUGUGUACCGUAGAGACAAUAUAAUAUACCACUGGAUGGCUCAAGGUUAUUUGGGGUUGGAUGGUGAUCAAGAUUUGGAAUUAAAAGGGAGAGAGUAUCUUGAUUUCCUAGCUGCUCGCUCUCUUCCAAGAUUUUGUGAUGCAAAAACAUGUUAUGAAAUUGUGAUUGAGGAGGUAAAGUCAGGUAGUAAUUCUAUGAUAGAUUUGUCUUUCAAAAGGGCUCGUCAUCUCACAGCAUUGACAGCAGAGGGGAAGUGUCUUCCUACUUCCAUUUAUGGUGCUGAAAAGUUGCGCAGCUUCGUGAUCAUUUCUGAAGAAAACACAGUCACCUAUGAAGCUCUGCGCACCAUUUUCAAACAAGCAAAACUGCUAAGAACAGUGGAUUUUGGUUGGAGUAAUAUUAUUAAGGAUACAAUUCCUAAAGAACUAGGAAAUUUGAUCCAUUUGAGGCACCUUAACUUGAAUGGAAAUGAGAAAAUAAAAAGAUUACCCGAAUCAAUGUGCGAAUUGCAUAAUCUUCAAUAUUUGAAUCUCAACCACUGCAUUCUUCUUGAGAAAUUACCAGAUGGGAUUGGAAAAUUGAUCAACUUGUUAUAUCUUGAGACUUAUGGUUGCAACAGAUUACGUUGCUACCCCAAAUCAGCUGGGAGAUUGACAAAUCUGAAGCAAUUAUGUGGGAUCAGUCUCAGAGUGGAUAGAAAUCACCGAAAGGAAUUCAGUCUUGGGGACCUGGAAAACUUGAACCACCUUCAGGAACUUUGGGUGGGACUGAAAGGAAGAGCAGUCAAUGAUGGAGAGGUUAGGAGAGCCAAGUUUGAAAAUAAGACACACAUGAAGGAAGUCUUGGUAACCAGCAGGGAGCAGACCUUGGACACAGAUAACAUAAUCAGAUUAUUCAACCCACUCUCUGGAGUAAAACUAUCCUUCCUCUCGCAGAUCAGAACAAGUAAUCGAUACAGCCUACCGGAGAUAGGUAUGAUCUUUGAAUCCAUCUUGUAGUUCGCAUCCUUGAAUUUAGGCUAUGUUUGGAAUUACUGUGUAAUAUUAUAUUUGGCUUUUCAUUUAUUAUACUAUUGCAAAAAUUUAGUGUCUGAUAGUUACAUUGCAAAAGUGUUAUACAUGUAUAAUUAUUAAAAUAUACAAAUAUUAAUUAU